AUGCUUCGACAAUCGAUUCAGCGCAUCAACACCAACCGUGUCUGUCAAACUUCUUUAAAGAGCUUCACUGCUGCUUACACAACUAGCAUUCAACCUUCCGCCAAGCCCAUUGCACCUCAAGCUCAACAAGCCGAGAAUCGUGCCACUACUUGGUCAAAGACUCAACGUGCAAAGGCUGAAGCCCUUGUUGGCCCUCGUUUUGAACAGAUGGAUCUCAGCACUCAGCCCAACCCUAUGGCUGCUAUCGAACUCAUUGCCGAAGAGCCUAUUCGAUUUGUAAAGGAGCGUAUCACUCAUUGUGAUGGUGGUGGCGGACCAUUGGGUCAUCCCAAGGUCUAUAUCAACUUGGACAAGCCUGGACCUCAUGCUUGUGGUUAUUGUGGUAUUCGUUUCCAAAAGCCCGAGGGACAUCAUCACUAG